GCUGUGGCGUCACCUGGAAGUAGACAAGCUGGGCGGGAUUACCGGGGAACAACAAGAUGGCGCAGAAUGAAGAUAUUUGGGGUUUCAUUCUGUGAAACACACGUCAGCCCGAUGACAACUGCGUGGCACGACAUCAAAACCAGCAUGAACCUCCAGCAGCCAGCCCCUGUCAUCCCCCCCGUCCACCCUGAUGUGCAGAUGAAAUCCCUGCCCUUCUAUGAUGUGCUGGACAUCUUGAUCAAGCCUUCGAGUUUAGGAGCGAGUACUGCACAGAGGUAUCAUCAAGAAAAAUAUUUCAUCUUUGCCUUGACACCCCAGCAAGUUCGGGAAGUAUGCAUAUCCAGGGACUUUCUACCAGGUGGCAGAAGGGAUUACAUGGUUCAAAUUCAGCUGAGGUUUUGUUUGUCAGAGACAAGUUGCCCUCAAGAAGAUAAUUAUCCCAACAGUCUGUGUAUAAAGGUCAAUGGGAAACUUUUUCCUUUGCCUGGUUUCGCACCUCCGCCAAAAAAUGGCGUGGAACAGAAGAGACCAGGAAGACCGCUGAAUAUCACGUCGCUCGUCCGACUCUCCUCUGCAGUACCCAAUCAGAUUUCAGUGACAUGGGCACCUGAAAUUGGAAAAACUUACUCUAUGUCUGUGUACCUGGUGAGACAACUGACAUCACCACUGCUGCUUCAGAGGCUGAGGAUGAAGGGCAUCAGAAACCCAGACCACUCCAGAGCAUUAAUUAAAGAGAAGCUGACAGCAGAUCCAGACAGUGAGAUUGCUACAACAAGCCUUCGAGUCUCACUUAUGUGUCCGCUGGGUAAGAUGCGGCUGACGGUGCCGUGUCGGGCGGUGACGUGCUCUCACCUGCAGUGUUUCGAUGCUGCCCUCUACCUUCAGAUGAACGAGAAGAAACCCACCUGGAUCUGUCCUGUUUGUGACAAGAAAGCUGCCUACGAGAGUCUCAUCAUUGAUGGUUUAUUCUUGGAAAUACUGAAUGACUGCUCAGAUGUGGAUGAGAUCAAGUUUCAGGAGGAUGGAACUUGGUGUCCCAUGAGACCAAAGAAAGAGGCGGUCAAGGUCCCUUCUCAGUCCAUUCCAAAGAUUGAGGCUCCUGUGCGCCAGCCAUCAGUGGUUCCUCAAUCUACUGAGCCCAGCUCCACCAAGAAGGCUGAUGUCAUUGACCUCACGCUGGAAAGCUCCUCUUCCUCCUCUGAUGAAGAGGACUCAGACCCUCCACUGAAGAAACGUUGCAUAUACAUUUCCAAGAAUGAGGAUAUGCAUGCAAAGGGAGUGUUGACCUACCAACCCACUGUGCGCAUGCCAAAUGUCCAGUCCCUGGACCCGACGUAUCUGACCUCCACGCUCGCUGACUAUGCAGUCCCCUUCCAUGCGUCCACUCUGGCCAACAUCCCCACAGAAAUGCAGAGUCUGGAUUUGUUUACUUUAAUUCAAGCAGAUUCUCAGCAUUACCGGCCUCAGAUGUUCCUCGACAACCUGACGAGCAGCAUGCAGAGUGCAGCCAGCACCAGCUCCGCUCUGGUCUCCUCCAGCAGCCACUACGAGACCAGCGCACACGCCACCAGCUCCCUCCACGAAACCCGGGUCAUCACAGGAGCAGGGGGCGGAGCUGGAGGAGGAGCUGACAGUGGCAUUUCAGAUAUUAUUUCACUAGACUGAGCCGCGUCUCUUACUGGACCUUCUCAGGCCUGUUUUGUGGCCUUUUUUAUUCAGUCUGGAGUGAACAUGUGAGGAAACAGGCACAAACAGUACGUCACAUGAUCAAGCACAUACAUUGGUAUACAUGAGAACUUUGUACCUGGCCUUUGGUUUGAUGGCCAAUGUCCGAGAGGAGCACAACUCAUUUUGGUGCAUGUUGCCUUUAAGAUCCAGUGUGUAGGAUGAAGGGCUUGAUGAAAUGAAAUACAGUAUUUCAGAAUGAUGUAUUUAUUUAUUAAUAAUCAUCAUGAGUCUGUUAUGUUUGUGCCACCAUGUCGGUGCAGAAAACAAACGCAAAUAUCACUGCAGCGACAGCACUCUUUAUUUAUGACAUCAAAGUCAUAAAUAAGUCCUUUCCUUCUUUGGUGACCCCAAAUUCUGAUUAGAAUUGACUGUCUAUUUAAGUAAAAACCUAGCUAUUCACUCUAGAUGAUUCAGAUGGUUGUUAUAUGCAACUUCACUAAAUCCUUUUAUUACACGGUGCUGUUUGAUUGGCCAUCGAUCCAGACGUGCAGAACCAGAGGUUUCCCUGACACAGGUACUCCGAGUGUUCAUGGCGUCUUCAUGUAUACCAAUGUGUUUGUUUCCAUGAACACGUGACUCUGUGCUGUUUUGGCCUUUUUUGAUGGGAACACUGAACUGUGUGCCUCACUGAAGUGCGACAGAGUCGGGAUGAAAGGAAGAAGAGUUGGGACUUGCAACAAGGUCUUGUUUCCUUGUGUGUGAACGAAUUGUUGGAAAAAAACCCACACACACACACACACACACGCGUUUCUCUGUUUUUACUGUAUCUUCUGACGACUGUUUUGCCUUUCAUCCUCAAAUGGAAGGCAGCUCAGUGAUUCAACUGUUUUCACAGUUCUUUAAUGGCGUUUAUUACAGGGCAGCUUUUACAUCGUACACUUUGACGUUGUUUGCUUCAUUGUCAUUUAGGGAGAGCAAUAAUCAUUUCACUCAUGUCGGCAGGCAGGAUCACAAACAGCACUUUUUAGUUUUUACUAGUAAAACAGCACACAUGCCCGUUCCCUUGCAUUUCUUAACCAAACAAAGUUGACACUACACACACACACACACACUGGUGUGUUCUUCCACUAAAAGUAAUUUUCCACCAUGGUUGCCAUGGUGAACAGUUAUUCACUACGUCUUGUUCAGGAUUAUUUCUCCCGAUAUCUCUUUUACAAGUGUUGCUUUUCUUUACACGGAAAGGUUUUUAUGGAAUUAUUGAUCAGAAAUACCCCACCGCAUUAAAGUAGUCCCGCCUACUGUACCUUUUCAUUGCUGUAAAUGUAGUCUAGAUAACGGAUCCAGUUGGUCCUCAUCACUCCGCGUCGUCAUUUAAGAUGUGAGCGAAUCAAAUGAGUUUGCUCAGUUUCUAGUUUCUACACUACAUGUACUUUAUGCUCAGCACCCAUGUGACGCGUGUGUUUCCCAAAGCGUUAAACUUGACAUUUUCUGGUAAACGUGCGUUAUCAGCUGUGACAAAUCCGGUUCCACAAAGUUCACAGUGCCAAAACGAAACAAUCUCACUCCACUUUUGUUGUACUUUGGCUGGUGUUGUGUGUCGAUGCUUUGUGUUGGUAUGGGAUGGACAUUUGCUCAGCAUUAAUGGCCACAUUUCACUUUUCUGUCGUCGUGAGGAUGACUCGUGGUUCAUGUGGACUCCCAUCGGUCACCAGGAGCUCACACUCAGGGAUAGAAGUGAUCCAGACAGCCCACUGACAUUGUUCUGACCCUGUGAUUCUGACAUGUGUGUGCUUCAGUGUUGCACCCGUGUUUGUCAGUAGGAAAUGUUGCUGCCUUCAUCGUAACAGAGACAAACAUGUGAUUGACAGGUAUCUGAAAAGCAAAUGUUAUCUGCAUGAGAAACUUACCACUGGUGCUAAGUGAUUUGGGUAAUUUUGGUGACCAAAUGUGUAAAAGCUAUCAUUGUAAAGUAAGUCCUUGUUACGUUCAGUGACAUCCCAUUGUUUUCCUGUCAUGAACGGAGAGGGUUUGCAUCAAAGUUGCAGUUUUGUUUGCGAUUUACGGUUUAGAUCUUUCAUAUUGUUCCUUUCACCUGUGAGCUGAGGAUGGCGAUGUGAUGGGAUCCAUGCUGGUUAUAAGAGAACGGUUCUUUACAGAUUCUCCUUGUUUUUCACUCUCUGUAUUUUUAAUUGUGGUUCCAUGUGUGGGUGUUUUUUAUGAUUAAAAAUGUCUUUUGUAUUCAGUUCAAAUCUGA